GCUGGCUGUCUGUAUUAAAGCCGAUUUGUAUUCAGAAUGAUUACUGUUGAAUAGAAGCACUCUAGGAGUAGAAUAUAAACUUCGGGCAUAAUGCAGGGCGGGCCGGAGCACCCCUGGAAGCUUGCACCGAAGGGGGAAGAGCCGAGCUCCAAACGCGACAACAACCUCGCUCAUCUUCGGCGCUCGAGUUCGGGGAUGUGGAACAUGGAAUCAGUAUACUCAAAUGUUCUGCGCUUUUCUCAGUACGCGUCAACAAAACCAAUCGCAAUGGCGCCGCCCUCGGUCUCCAUCUCUCAACAUCCUCUAACAUUUCACUUUUCAUCUUCCAAAGAUCACAGCUUGUUUGCUCGCGUGCCCAAGCUUGAAUCCCCGCCAUGACCCGUCCGGCACUAGACGGCAUCGCCGCCGCGCAGGUCCCACACUCCUCCAAAGACACGAAAGUUGAAUUCAAUGUCGCUGAGAUGAGCUUACAACCCAGUCCUCCAAGACCGACCGACUUUCAGCGCUCGUAUUCCUUCUCCGGCCAGAAAGAUCGACCAAAAAGUGAACGAAGACCCACCAUGGUCGGUGAUGUCGAGGAAAAGAUGAUACGACCAGGCCAGAUCCGGAUCAAUUUAAAAGGCGCAUACAUUGUCGAUGACGAAGGCUCAGGGACUCCAAGCGCAAGCAGCGAGGAAGGCAGCGCGAUGGAAGUAGAGACCAAAGACAUCAGAUUGCCCAAUCACUUAGGAGGUGUGAGCCAUAUCGCUGUCGAUAUCGGCGGCUCACUUGCAAAGCUCGUAUACUUCUCCCAUGAACCCCAUGAAGAACUUGGCGGACGCCUCUCCUUCCUCAAAUUCGAAACCGAUCGCAUAGACGACUGCAUAGACUAUAUGCGCACACUUCAAGAACAACAUCAAGCUGUGACUGGAAAGAAGGACGACCUCUGCGUUAUGGCAACUGGUGGUGGUGCUUUCAAGUUCUAUGACAAGAUACGACAAGCUCUGGACGUGGAAGUGCAGCGAGAAGAUGAGAUGGAAUGCUUGAUCAUCGGACUGGACUUCUUCAUCACCGAAAUCCCGAAUGAGGUCUUCACUCAUAGCGACGAUGAUCCCAUGCAGUUUGUCGAGCCAAAGGCGGAUAUUUAUCCCUACCUUCUUGUCAACAUUGGUUCCGGUGUUUCAAUGGUCAAGGUUUCUGGUCCACGGCAAUACGAGCGUGUAGGUGGCACAUCUCUAGGAGGCGGGACACUAUGGGGCCUACUGUCCUUGUUGACCGGCGCGCGCAACUUUGGCGAGAUGUUGGCAUUGGCUGAAAAUGGCGACAACACUGCUGUCGAUAUGCUUGUUGGCGAUAUCUACGGCAUGAACUACGGCAAAAUUGGUCUGAAGAGCACGCACAUUGCUAGCAGCUUUGGCAAAGUUUAUAAAAUGAAAAGAGAAGCGGAGAGAGAAGCAGAAGACAACGGGGGUCUCGCAAAUGGUGACGAGGAGCAUAACGAUUUGUUAGACGGGGUUUUGCACCGGAGAGAAAGUCGCUCGUUCAAACCAGAGGAUGUUAGCAGAAGUCUGCUUUAUGCAGUCAGUAACAAUAUUGGUCAAAUCGCCUACCUUCACGCAGAGAAGCACAACCUUGAGCGGAUUUAUUUCGGUGGCUCAUUCAUCGGCGGAUAUGCACAGACCAUGAACACUCUUUCGUAUGCAAUCGAUUUCUGGUCCAAAGGUACCAAACAAGCAUACUUUUUGCGACAUGAAGGCUAUCUUGGCUCAGUUGGCGCGUUCUUGAAGAGGCAGCCGAAGAACUGGGGCCGUCGAAAUAGUCUAGAACAAAUGCGCCCAUUAUACAGGAGUCAUUCGAAAGAUUGAGAAGUCUCUCGGUUAUCUCAGAAUACACGACAGAGAAGUAGCAUCGGGCGGCGCGAUUGGAGUUUAUGGUGCCCAAUGACUACACAUACAGUUAUAGUAGCCAUUCAUUAUUUGUAGCAUAUACUGGCUUAGAUGAUAUCCCCUGGCAGUACUCUGGGGCCGUAGAUAUAGAAGCUCCUUUCUAUGACAAGCUUGCACAAAAAGUUGUCCAAUAUUAGAUUAGGCUUGAUUAUGCCAC